AUCCAUUCACUUCCCUUUCGAAAUACUAAGCUCAAUAACUGUUAAUUAUAACCAAAUCUAUAUGGCUCCAUCACUAUCAACAAUCUCUAAUUCCAACACAUGGGAUGUCAAACAUUUUGUUGUAAAUGAAGGUCAUGGAGUGAAAGGUCUUGCAGACAUGGGAAUUCAGACACUGCCUAAACAAUACAUUCAACCUCUCGAAGAACGAAUUAAUACGAGCAAGGUAGUGUCUGGAGAACAAUCUAUCCCAGUCAUUGAUGUAUCAAAUUGGAAUGAUCCAAAGGUGGAAAAAUUGAUAUGCAAUGCAGCAGAGAAAUGGGGUUUUUUCCAAACUGUGAAUCAUGGAAUUCCAAUGGAAGUAUUUGAAGAUGUUAAGGAUGCUACUCAUAGGUUCUUUGGUUUGCCUGCUGAAGAAAAGAGGAAGUACUCAAAAGAGUAUUCUCGUACAAAUAAUGUUCGUUUUGGGACAAGCUUUACUCCUCAAGAUGAAAAGGCUUUAGAGUGGAAAGAUUACCUAAGUCUCUUCUAUGUUUCUGAUGAAGAAGCAACUGCACUUUGGCUUUCCGCUUGCAGGGAUGAAGCACUUCAAUUCAUGAGAAAGACUGAGCUUGUGAUCAAAAAACUUAUGGAAUCACUAAUGAAAGGACUAAAUGUUAAGGAGGUUGAUGAAGAUAGAGAAUCACUUCUAAUGGGUUCCAAGAGAAUCAACCUUAACUACUAUCCUAAAUGUCCCAACCCCGAACUUACAGUCGGGGUAGGACGCCACUCUGAUGUCUCGACAUUAACCAUCUUGCUUCAAGAUAGUAUCGGUGGACUCUACGUGAGAAAACUAGGCAGUGACACUUGGCUUCCCGUCCCACCAAUUAGUGGAGCGCUUGUUAUUAACAUCGGCGAUGCACUUCAAAUCCGAAGCAAUGGUCGAUACAAGAGCAUCGAGCAUCGUGUUAUUGCUAAUGGAAGCAAUAACAGAGUUUCAGUGCCAAUAUUUGUGAACCCUAAGCCAAAUGAUGUUAUUGGUCCCAUACAAGAAGUGUUAGAAAGUGGUGAGAAGGCAAUGUAUAAGCAAGUUCUUUACUCAGACUAUGUCAAGCAUUUCUUCAGGAAAGCUCAUAAUGGGAAGGACACAGUUGAUUUUGCAAAGAUAUGAUUACUUCAUUGCAUCAAGUGAGACCAUUUCUCUUACUUUUGUUCUUUAUUGCCAGAAGUGUGGAAGAAAAAUAAGGGAAAGAAGAUGUCAGACAUGUAAUAUUGAUAACACUCCCAUGAAUAAUUGUCCUACUUUGAAGUGAUAUAAUGAAUUUAGUUUUCACGAAAGAAAAAAUAUCUUCUCUACUCAGUAUAUCUUUUAUAUGACGGUGUUUGAUUGAAUAUGAAA